CCGGAGCUGCUAACAUCCUCCCCGCAAAAAAUGGCUCAAUGCUGAAGCAUCUUCUUUAUUUAUUAUAAAUUUUAUCUUGUAUUUAUUUAUUCCUGUCAUGGCUGCUGCUCGGUGCGGCUGUCUCUGUGUGCCUUUGCCGCUCGUCCUCCUGCUGCUGCUGCUGCGGUGGCCGGGGCUGCGUGUCGCCGCGGAACAGGUCGCUCUGGUUGAGGUUCUGUUGGAGCAGCGGCCCGGUGUCAGCGCCCUGCUCCAGGGGGAGGUGAUGGAGCCCGACGGGGGCUCCGAGUACCGGGACGAGGUGGGAGAGGAGCUGGAGGGAGACCUGGUUCUGGUUCAGGACGAGCAGACACAGGUCGUCAGGGGACUUGAUGAGGAGAGCAACAAGAACCAGGAGCCGUGGAUCGGCGUGGUGCCCGUGGAGAUGGACGACAGCAAAGCCUCCACUGGAAACCAGGAGUCCUUUGCUGAUGCAAUGGUCAAUAAAAUGAAACGAGCCUUGGUGCUCGGAGCUUCGGCGCUGAUCAUUCUGGCACUCAACCGAAACACCGUCAGUGAGAUGGAUUUGUCUCAGGUUCUGUCCAAGCCCAUUAUUGUGAUCCAGACAUCAGAAAAUGUCACCAAGCUGAUUGGAGCUUUGCUCAGGGGCCUGCAGGCCACCGCCAGAAUCACAUACAGAACCAUCCUGCAUGACGACCUGGGAGCCACGCUCACGCUCUGGUCCAGCUGCGGGCGAUCCAGAGGCGGCCGAUACGGGGAGUGGCAGGGGGUCAUCUGCACGGGGGAGAGCAACUCGCAGGUCCAGAAGUACCUGCAGCAGCUGUGGGACACCGUCCUCCUGGUGGCGCUCAUCCUCUGCACGGGAGUCAUCGUUCAGGCCCGCUGGCAGUACCACGACCAACAGCUCAACGACAACCUGGAGCUCCUUCCUAAACAGGACGUCCUGAAGACGAUGUCCUCCCUGAAGAUCAGGACGUACCGCCAGCCCAAACCCUGGUGCGACUCCACACAGCCACUGGAGACCGACAACUGCGCCGUGUGUCUGGAGCCGUUCAACAACAACCAAUGUCUGCGUGUGCUGCCGUGUCUCCACGAGUACCACCGAGACUGUGUGGACCCCUGGCUGCUGCUGCAGCACACCUGCCCGCUGUGUAAACGCAGCAUCUUCAGUAGCGUCUGUAAAGACAGUUAACAGCCAUUUCUCCUCCAACUUCUGGGAAUCAAGUCUCAGCCGUGUUAACACGCUAGUAGCUUUUUUUUUUUUUUUUUUUUUGUACUGACCUCAACACUUCCGGUUUUCAGCAGUGAAUUGUGGGAACAAGCAUACAUCUGUUACAGUAGUUUUAAGGUGUUUUUCAGUCUCACGGUUGUCUCCGUAGGAGUAGGACAAGUCCUCAGUAGGCGGGACUAUUUUGUGGGACACAGGGUGGAACGGAUUCAGAAAGAAAAGAAAAGGUACAAGAGGUAUUUGCAAACUGGGGACGGACUCUUUUCCAAAGGGGAUUCGAAGACGUAACAUUGUACAAAAGCUUCCUUGAGACUAAUAAACAGCCCGGCGUUCAGGACUGUGGAGCAGCCGGGUUGUCUCCACAACACUCUGAAGCCCUCUGGUACUGCUGUGGGCGAACAGCACCUCUUCCUGGGAUCUUGCUACGAUACAACAGUGGAAACAUUUGUCUGUGAAGCAGUGAAAAUAUGACUUUUUUUGUUUUGUGUGUGUGUGUGUGAGAAACAACAAAUCGACGACCUCAGCUGGUAUUUAUUGAGUCAGCGCUCUGUGCAGAACCAAUCAGUGUUUCCCGGACUGAAGCAUGGACACGUUGACCGCCUGUUUAACGUCCCCGAGCCGCCACCUUCAGGUCAAACCAGGUCAGCAGACGAACCUCGGCCCUCAGCCACUUAUUAGUUUAGCUGUGGAGGUUCUGUAGAUGAAGUUGUGGAGUCGGUGUGUACCAGUGGACAAUACGUGGUGAUUGGUGUGUGCGAGUGUAUCCCGAGCAGAGAAGCCCCAAAACACAAAAAUACGUCUUGAUUUUCAGAGCUUGAGGUUUGUCAAAGGAGAAAACAAGUGAGGAAAUGGAUUUAUGUGAAAGUUUAUUCCCCAAAUUUGGAUUUUUUUUACUCAAUUUGUUCAUUUGAAGUCAAAAUUUUACCUCCAUUUUCAACAUUUGGACUUUAUCCUUCAAAUUAUUUUAUCUAUUUUCUCAGUUUCAAUUUGAUUUUCAAACUUUUUCACUUUGUUUUCAGAUUUAGUGCAUUACUCUUUAAAUUUUGGCUUUUUCUCUACAUUUUGACUCAGUUACUGCACUUUGUUCGCUCAGACUCAGCUGGAAACAUUUCUCUUACUUGUCCAAAUAAUGAUUAGUUUCAACCUGUUUCUUAAAACUAUUUUACUCCAAAUAUUUUGACUUUGUUGUUAAACUCCAUUGUUCACUGACUGUUAAAGCUUAAAAAUUCUUUACUUUAUUCUCAACCUUUCAGCUGUUUUUCAUAUUAUGACCUUUUUUAACCCAAUUUUAACUUUAUUUAUAAACUUUUGACCCAACCUGAGUAUGUCAGUUCCUCAGUUCCUAAAGAUUUUGCCAUCAAAAUAACAAGUUUUAACAAAAUUUCUUCUUCAUUCUCAUGAUUACUACUCAGAAAAGUCUGAAAAUGUGGCUUCAUGCUCAGAUUUUCUGAAGCUGUUUGUCUUCUUUUCUGUCGUUUUUACUUCUGUGGACUUCAUUUUGGUUGAACAGGUAGUUUGAAGAUGUUGAGGAGGCUCCUCUGAUGGAUUUCCAUCCAUUCCUUCUGCUUCUGUUUUUUUCCCCAUCCUUCCGGCAAGUUCUCUAAAUCCAAGCAGCUCUGGUGAAACCUGUUUUCCUCCACGUCUUCCUCGUCUCUUCCUGCUGGCUGUGUCCUCUUGGAUUUCAUGUCCAAGUUGUGCACGCUGUCACAGCUGCUGCAUGCUAAAGGGAAAUGUUACACCAUGACUCUGAAUGACCGUGACAGGGAGAGAAGAGAUGGUGUACUUAUUGUACAAUAAA